AUGGAGACUUCAAUGCGCCUGGUGGCGUCUAAUACUUGCAGGGCCUGUAUAAGACUGUCCGCAGCCAAUGCAGCCCGUCCGCCUGUAUCGAGGUCAUUCUCUAAAGCUGCUUCUUCACGCCCACUACAAAAGGCUUGCUCUCCGAGUCCGACUAUACAUUCGCGGCGACCCGUACCAUCCGUCGAAGCUAGAGAUUGCCUCUCAAGGCCCAUAUCUCUAUUCGGUCGUCAGCCAAAAACUACUGAGGACACUGUAGUUGGCCUAGGAUCUGCCGCAUCGUACGAGAACCAAUCCAAACCUCUGGUCCUCCGUCCUGACGACCUCUUCCACUCUUUUACUAACUCGCCCAUUCCCGAAAUACGCCGCCGUGCUGCUUUUAUAAGGCAACACGCGCUCUGCCCUCAUCCCGACCAUCAACCUACGCGAGACCCAGCCAGUACCAAUAGUCUGGGUAGCGCUACCGGCUCUGGCGCGCAAGCACCGGCCCAUGUUGAUUUCGAAUGCCCGGACUGUGGAAUCCCGGUCUAUUGUAGUAAGAGGCAUUGGGCCGAGGAUUAUGAGGCUCAUCUUCAGAUAUGUGAUACUCUGCGACAAAUCAAUGAAGAUGAUCAUGAUCUUCGCUCUGGGAGAUUUUUCCCCGAAUUCGAGUAUGCAGGUCCUCAGAUGGAAGAAGCCGCUGUGAAUAUGACAAACUGGGAUACUUUUCUUUACACGAGACAAUUCGAAGCCAUCAAUGGUGACCGAAAUAUGCGACAGGUUACAAGGUUGCUUACCUAUCCAGUGACAAUUGGCAGCAUCCUACACGAGCUUAGUCCAUAUAAUAUUAGAAAAGGUGGUAGGCUCACGACUGAAGGCUUGAAAAGCUUAAGCGCUCUCCGAUAUACAUUACAUCCUCCCAGGACAGGUAGCGGAGAAACGAUCAAGGGCCUACGACCCGAAGCGCCUCCGGUGAGGAUAUUCAUCCUAGGGGCUCGAGCAGAGUCUUCACUCCCCCGGAAUGUCUGGGUACAGUUGGCCCACCUCUUCCCACGAGGGAAAUUUCACCUAAUAUUUAUCGGACCUGAGAGUAUGACUAACAGAGACGACGAAUUCCCCUUGCCCCCUCGAACUCCUUCAAAUCCCUUCGGUGCCAUAGUAGAAGACCGGGUGUGGCCAACAAUGAAGAUUAGCACCAUUGUGGAUUACUAUCAUACUCUACAUAAGACCGGCCAGUUUUAUCCCUAUGACCCUUAUUUUGACUGUUUUGUCAUGUUCCAUCCCGGGUUAGGACAUCCAGCUAGCUCUCACGAGUGGUCGGAAACGGUGCCUUUACUUCUCGAGACCAAGGCCCCUAUUAUAGUGACUGGCUACACACAGUUUGAUAUGGAUAGAGAUAUCGAAUGGGUAAGAAAGACUUGCGGAGGGGAAUUCGAUAUGCUCAUGGAACCUGGCGAGAACAUCUUCAGAAGUUUACGGUGGGAUCUUAACGACCUCGAUCCUCAAGAUAUCAGCUGUGGCAACUGGGGAGUAUGGGCUUUCCGAGGCAAGAGAUAUGAAGCGACAAAAAGCAACGUUGAAUAA